GAGAGAGAGAGAGAGAGAGACUGGACGACCCGGUGAAUCGAGUUUACGGAGAAGUGCUCUCGGUGUCUCUCUCGGUGUCCCUCGGCAGCAGGAGGACUUGUUCGAAGCUCGUGGACUCUUUGGACGCUAAUCAUCGGUGGACUUUGACUGCGCUACAAAAACCAAACCCGCGCAACCCACAGAGCCUGUAAAUAAAUAAAUAAAUACAUAUAUAUUUAAAAAAAGGAGUUGUUCCUCAAGUCCGCGGCGAUGGGGGAGCAGCCGAUCUACACCACCAGGGCCCAUGUCUUCCAAAUUGACCCAACGACCAAGAAGAACUGGGUCCCUGCCAGCAAGCAGGCCGUCACCGUCUCCUAUUUUUACGACAGCACACGCAACAGCUACCGCAUCAUCAGCGUGGAUGGAUCCAAGGUGAUCAUCAACAGUACCAUCACGCCCAACAUGACGUUCACCAAGACGUCGCAGAAGUUCGGCCAGUGGGCAGACAGCAGAGCCAACACCGUGUUCGGCCUGGGCUUUUCAUCGGAGCAGCAACUGGCCAAGUUUUCUGAGAAGUUCCAGGAGGUAAAAGAGGCAGCCAAGCUGGCAAGGGACAAAUCUCAAGACAAGGUGGACACGUUGAGUAAUCACUCUGAGGAGUCUGGACAUGAAACGCAGUCGACCCCCCAGGCAUCCAGCAUUAAUGGAACAGAUGAUGAGAAAAUCUCUCACGUCAGUCCGGAGGCUGCUGUGCUGCAAACCGAAAACGAACGUCUCAAGAGUGCGGUAGAAGAGAGCAACACCAACGCCAAGAAGUGGGAAACAGAGCUGCAGACGUUAAGAGAAAAUAAUGCCAGGCUGGUAGACGCACUGCAGGAGUCCUCGGCUAAUGUCGAGAGCUGGAAGAAACAACUGGGCGCCUGCAAAGACGAGAGCGACACGCUCAGGGAAAAGAUCGCCGUGCUAGAAGCUCAGUGUAACGAAGCCGAUCGGGAGAAGCAGCAGAACUGCCAGCUGUCUGUACGGGUGCAGGAGCUGGAGACCGAGCUGCAGGAAAAAGAGCAGGAGUUGGAGAACCUGAGGACGCAGGCUGAGAUAAUCCCUCAACUCAUGGCGGAGUGCGAGAGCAUCACUGCAAAACUGCAGACCGCUGAGAGGAGGAACAAGGAGCUGGAGGGGAGAGUUGACGGUCUUCAGCUGGACAUAGAAGACAGUCAACAAAAGCAGGGCAACAUGAAGGGCGAGCUGAAGAAGUUCAUGGACAUGCUGGAUGGAAAGAUAGACGAGCUGCACGAGUUCAGGCAGGGGCUCUCCAAGCUCGGUGUUGAUAACUAAGUGAAGUGGCACCGAGCUGAGGGGGUCAGAGGUCAGGUACGAAGGAUUCACUACAGUGCGUCCUCAGAAACUAUGUGGCACCCACCAAGGUGGUGUCCACUCAGACACUAUCUGCUUCUAAUAAACACCACCAUGCGAGAGAGGGAGUGGGAGAGAGACUGGCAGGAGGAAGGCCGGCAUGCUCCACCAAACGGCUCCAUUUUGUGUCCUGCUAUUCUAAACUAAAUCAACAACAUGAGCUUACUUAUCUGUUUCUGUUUGGGUGGUGGGGGGUGUUCUUAGAUUCUGGUCAUCUGUGUGUGUUUAUUAUUUCUUUUAAGGGUGCAGCGCCUCUUCACCGGCAGCUCAGAGCAGAAGAGGGGACUUGAAAGGGCUAAAAUGAGUAAAACAAAGACGAUAUUGAUCAGCAUCACUCUAAUAAUAAUCAGUGGUAAUCCUUGUGCCCCCCCCCUCCAAGAAUGACAGAUAAUUUGUACCGAGCGUCCUCGCCGUGGCCUCUCGUCUAUCUCAGGUGUGUCAGAAGACGGUUCUUCACUGAUUAGCCCGUAUGCACAUACACGUGACACAAAGUGCCUCCAGGCGAGUCUAAACCCACCCGGCGAGGAGAACUGGCCAAGGGGUGACCAUCAACAAAGUAAUAACGCCCACUUCUAAAACGAGAGAAGAAGAAGAAGAAGAAGAAAAGCGCCAGUAGGCGAGCCCAUCCCCAGGAUGUUAAUGGAAGUCAACGGGGCGAGAAGCUCAACGGACAAAAGAGGUGUUUGCACAAAAAUCGAGUCUGAGGAAAGACCGCAGCAGGAAGCAAUCAACUCUCUUGUGGGGGGGCUCCAGUGAAAACUCCUUUUUGACUAUAUUUUGCAUGAAGGAGGAACGCGCUCUUGUUUUAGGAAACGUCCCAAAAUGAAUAAUCGGUAUCCCGUUCUCCUGUGACGUGUAGUGUCGUGCUCUGAGGACAUGGUGUGUGCAUUAGUCUUUCUGUCCAUGUGCUGAACAAAGGCGUCUCCCGGGCUGUUGCUGUGCUUCUUACACACUAGUUUUUGUUAUGGUGGCGGGGGGGGGGGUGCUGCUCGGUGCUGCUGGGUGCUGCUGGGUGGGUGAAUAAUGUGAAAAAGUACUUCACUGAUGAUAUUUAGUUUGGCACCGCCGGACUCUUCUGUUUUACAUAUAUAUUUAUUUUGGAGCCUGUCUGCAACUAGUGUGAAAACCUUCACCUGAAGUCCUGAGAUGUACGAUAAUAUAUCAAAUAAACCAAACUGUCAGGAUUCACAGGUUUUAUAGUUAUUGAGGGUUUGUUGACCGUAGUUUCUAAGCUGCUUUUGGGAAAGUCUAUUUUGAAUCAUGGCACAUUUGAGAUCAAAGGCAUAUGUGGUCGUGGCAUAUUUACUGGGUGAUACUAUGAUGUUAUAAGUCUCUAUAUUUUUUCAGCACUGUUUUGAUCUACAAAGGGACAUUUUGCUCCUCUGUCUGUUGAACCCCACCCCAAAGUAUGACCCUUUCUUUUGAGGCCGUUGCCUCUUGUUCACUUUUGUGACUCCUGUUCAAUAUUGUACAAUAGAAAUGACAAUUGUUAAAAUUUAGUUUGAUUACAAUGCUGA